AUGAUUUCGAGCCAGUUUUUACGCCCUCUUCAAUCAUCGAUCAUCUACCGGUCUCUGGGCAAUGUGAGUUAUUCAGAAUUUUUGUUGAUAUUUUUUAUGUUUAGAGCAAGAACAUCGUCGACAGGGCCACCGAGGCUGGCCAAAAGCUGAAAGAUGCUUUUAAAAAUGCUGUCGGUGAACCGCGAGCCGAAGAUAAAGCUGCACAGACUGUGAAAGAUUACACGGAUAAGGCUGCUGAUAAGGUGAUUGAAAAGUUUGUGAAGCCUAAUUGUAUUUCAGUAUUGAUAAGUUUAAAAAAAAAUUACGUUGGGGAGUCUAAUUUUCAGUCAGCAUCCGCAAUAGUAAAAUUUUAAAAAAUUUUCUCGAUUUUUCUCCGGUAAAUGAUCAUUUUUCCGUAUUACUGGUAUUUACUAUAGUAAAUAUAUUUCGAUUUUUACUUCGGUUAUUGUUUUUUCUCAACUCAUUGUUACUCUUCUCAUUUUUCGACUUUAACCUUUUGUUCUUCUCAGGUGAAGUACGCUCGUGAACAAGCGAAUGCCAAUUGGGCUGAGGCCAAGGUCCGUGGCAAUGAAGCCAAGGGCGGCGUUGCUGGAGCCUAUGAAAACGUCAAGAAAAAUGUUCAGAACAAGGUUUUAUUUUAUUUUCUUGUGAAAUGGAUUUUUUGAUAAAAAUGUUUUUAGGUGGAUGACCUGAAAGAGGCGGCUUCGGAGCGCUACGAAACUUUGAAAGACACUACGGCCCAGGCCAAGGACUACGUUGCGGAUAAGGUGGAUGAUACCUGAAUAUAUGAGAAAAAUAUUGUAAUCUCAGGCUGAGCACCUUCGUGAAGCCGCCACUGAAAAGCUUGAAAGCUUGAAGGGAACGACGGAAGAAGCGAAAAGAGAAGCUUCUAGGAAAGCUUACGAUGCGACGGAAUCGAUUAAGCAGAAGGUAGAAUAAGAUAAAAAGUUUUUAGGUGGUUUAAAUAUUUUUAUUUUUAUAUCAUUCGAGGAGUUCAUUCAAAACUUUGUAAACGCCGGAAUUUUUUUCACUUCGUAUGAAGAAAUAAAAAGCUUUUUUUGUAGAUAUUUGCAGGCUUCAAUCGAACGUUUGUAAAACUGAUUGCUGUGUUUUUUUAGAGAAAUAUUUUUUUGAAAGCUACUCAUAAUACUAUCGCACAGUUGAUCGAUAAACUACAAUUUAUUAACUUUUCAGGAGCAACGCGCCCGGGAGAAGGUCGCCGACAAGAUUCGCGAAACUGCCCGCAAAAUCGACGGAUCCAACUGA